AUGGGCUCCUUGCCAGAAGAAUUCGACAUCAUCGUCUGUGGUGGAGGGAGCUGUGGUUGUGUAGUUGCUGGGAGGUUGGCCAAUUUGGAUCAUAACCUCAAAGUGCUUCUCAUUGAGGCUGGUGAGAGCAACUUGAACAACCCCUGGGUUUUCCGGCCGGGUAUCUACCCCCGAAACAUGAAGCUCGACUCCAAAACGGCAUCAUUCUACGAGUCUCGCCCGAGCAAGUGGCUUGCGGGCAGGAAGGCUGUCGUUCCAUGUGCCCAUAUCCUUGGAGGAGGGUCAUCGAUCAACUUCCUCAUGUAUACAAGGGCCUCGGCAUCGGACUAUGAUGACUUUCAGGCCAAGGGGUGGACCACUGAGGAGUUGUUGCCUCUGAUGAAGAAGCACGAAACAUACCAACGUGCAUCUCACAACAGGGAUGUGCAUGGAUUCGAGGGGCCAAUCAAGGUUUCCUUUGGCAACUAUACCUACCCAAUCAAGGAUGACUUCCUUCGGGCGGCAGAGUCGCAGGACAUUCCUAUUGUUGAUGAUCUCCAGGACCUGUCCACAGGACAUGGAGCUGAGCAUUGGCUCAAGUGGAUCAAUCGAGACACCGGUCGACGCAGUGACAGCGCCCAUGCCUAUAUCCAUUCCACUCGCGCCGUUCAUUCGAACCUUUACCUCGCGUGCAACACCAAAGUCGACAAGGUCAUCAUUGAGGACGGCCGCGCAGUCGCGGUCCAGACAGUUCCUACGAAGCCGCUCCAUCCUAAUCAAUUGAAGACGCGUACCUUCCGGGCCCGCAAGCAAAUCAUCGUGUCUGGCGGAACUCUUUCUUCACCAUUGAUCCUGCAGAGGUCCGGAGUUGGCGACCCCGAGAAGCUCAAGGCAGCUGGUGUAGAGCCCAUUGUCGAUCUUCCAGGAGUUGGAUUGAACUUCCAAGAUCAUUAUCUCACCUUCUCGGCCUACAGGGCCAAGCCAGAUACGGACAGCUUUGAUGACUUUGUACGGGGCGUACCAGAAGUUCAAAAGCGUGUAUUUGAUGAAUGGGCGCUGAAGGGUACCGGACCGUUGGCUACCAAUGGCAUUGAAGCAGGUGUCAAGAUUCGGCCCUCGCCAGAAGAGCUCGAGGAGAUGGCCUCAUGGCCAACCCCGCACUUCAAAGACGGCUGGGAGUCAUACUUCAAAGAAAAGCCAGACAAGCCAGUGAUGCACUACUCGGUCAUUGCCGGAUGGUUUGGAGACCACAUGCUGAUGCCACCCGGAAAGUUCUUUUCCAUGUUCCAUUUCCUCGAGUAUCCCUUCUCUCGUGGAUCAACCCACAUCAAGUCGGCCGACCCCUAUGCGACCCCGGACUUUGAUACUGGCUUCAUGAGUGAUGAGCGUGAUAUGGCGCCCAUGGUCUGGGGAUAUAUCAAAUCCCGAGAGACGGCGCGUCGCAUGGACGCCUAUGCUGGGGAGGUGCAAGCUAAUCAUCCGUUCUUCUCCUAUGAUUCACCCGCCCGUGCUAAUGACAUGGACCUCGAAACCACAAAGGCGUAUGCCUUGCCAGGUAAUCUGAGCGCUGGCCUGCAACAUGGAAGCUGGAGUAGUUACAACCCAGAGCCCAGCAAGAAAGCGGAAGCCCACAUCCUCAACAGUAAUAAGGCGCAUGUGAGGGAGGAGCUCAAGUAUAGUAGUGAGGACAUCAAAGCGAUCGAAGAGUGGGUCAAACGCCAUGUUGAAUCGACUUGGCACUGUCUUGGAACCUGCUCAAUGGCCCCAAGAGAGGGCAACAGUAUCGUCAAGCACGGUGUUCUGGACGAGCGUCUAAAUGUUCAUGGCGUGAAGGGUCUCAAGGUCGCGGAUCUAUCCAUCUGCCCUGAUAAUGUAGGCUGCAACACGUACUCCACAGCUCUGCUCAUCGGUGAAAAAUGUGCAGUUCUCACGGCGGAAGACCUUGGAUAUUCCGGUGAGGCCUUGGAAAUGAAGGUGCCGACGUAUAAUGCGCCCGGAGAAACUGCCCUUCCAUUUCGCGUCUAA